UUUGCAAGCAAUAAAAAUCUUUUUUAACCGGUUAGUUCCUCACGGCAUGAAAUAAAAUAAAAGAGUAAAAAUCAGUAAAAAUGGUGCAACUAUUUAAAUGUUUACUUAAAGCUGAAAAGAAGAUUGUCCGACCGCAUCUACGUAAUGCCUUCAUGGACAGUCUGCGUUUGACAGUGCGUGGUGGUCACGGCGGUAAUGGCACUCCGAAAUAUGGCGGAAUUGGUGGACAAGGCGGCUGUGUGUACUUCGUCGCUAAAGAAAAUAUAAGUUUGCGUAAUGUAGCACAAAAGUAUAAAACCAAGCGCAUAGCAGCUUCUAGCGGAGAGGAUAGCAGUAAAGUACGUAUACUUGGAAAACGCGGAUUAGACGAACGCGUUGAAGUACCGCUGGGUGUACAAGUUUUGGAUGAAAGCGGAAAGAUGUUAGGCGAUUUAAAUGAUGAUAGCGCGACAUGCAUAGCGGCCGGUGGUGGAGCAGGCGGUUGUACAGGCAACAACUUUUUAGGCAAGCCUGGCGAUCACCGCACCGUGACUCUAGAUUUAAAAUUAAUUGCUGAUGUGGGUCUAGUUGGUUUCCCAAAUGCAGGUAAAAGUACCUUAUUGAAAGCGAUUUCAAAUGCGAAACCAAAAAUAGCUUCGUAUCCAUUCACCACUAUCCGCCCACAAAUAGGCAUAGUGGAUUAUACAGAUUUAAGACAAAUCAGCAUAGCCGACCUACCUGGAUUGAUUGAGGGUGCGCAUGCAAAUGUUGGCAUGGGGCACAAAUUUCUUAAACAUGUCGAACGCACUCGUCUCCUACUUCUUAUGGUCGAUAUUUUCGGUUUCCGAUUAAGCGCACAGCACGCGAAGCGUAAUUGUUUGGAGAAUAUAUAUGCGCUGAAUAAAGAAUUGGAAAUGUACGAUGAAACGCUUUUAGAUAAGCCAUGCGUGUUGCUACUAAAUAAAAUAGAUUUGAAAGGUGCAUCAGAUAUACUGAAAAGUUUAAAACCAACCAUAAAGAAUUUAGAGAGUGGUUUGGAAAUGUGCCCCGAGGAUCUUAGGCCAAGCAAAUUAAUAAAGUUUGAGCGUAUCAUACCAAUAUCGGCAAAAAAUGAAAAGCGAAUUGAUGUUGUGAAGGAUGAAUUGCGGAAUGUGCUUGAUAGCUUUGCGGAAGAAAAAUAUGUAACUAACGCACUGGAGUUGCGCGAGCAAUUAAAAAUAAAAGUUGGCGAGCGUGGACCGAAAAUAACGUAGCGCAAAUUCAAUGUCAAUGUAAUACAUUUUUCUUAGUAUAGAGUUAUCAUAAACGAAUAUUGUUUUAGCUUGUAUUAAGUGUAAUGAGUCGUUCAAAUUAAAGAAAAUCACAAAAUCCUUUUG